AUGGAACAAAAGGAACUUAAUCCAUGUAAUACGUCUAAUGCACCAGAAGAGCCUACUUGGUCUACUUCAAAACAAUACACAGAACCAAAAUUAUUACAUUCUCCAGAUAUGUCUGAAAUCAUGUCUAAUGACUGGAAUUUCAUCAUGGAAAAUAAACCUGAAAUUUCUCUGGAAAUUAAUACAAAGUUGGCUAUUUCCAGCAUAGAAAGCAUCUUUAAAAAUGAACAAGUCGCAGCUUUAAUGGAUAAAUAUCAAAUUAUUCGAAUACUUCAUAAUGCUUUGUUUCAAGGUCUAACUAUAAACUUACACACAAGAAAGCCAAUAGAUUAUGUUUUAUUAGAUGAUAUUUAUAGUAUGAUCAAUAUUUUUACUGAAACAUGCCUUCUUGAAUAUUUAUAUUCCCAGCCUGAUUAUAUUUGUACACAGAGUGUACUAAAUAAUAAAAAUAAACGGAUGGAGAUAAUUAAAAAUAUCGUAAAAGGAGAAAACCUAUCUCUCUUUUUAGAAUCAACCAGUAGAUCCUUUAAAAAAUGGUUUUCUGUUAUAGCAAAUUCCCAAACAGGGUGUACACUUGGCUAUUUCAGACACUCUGCGUGUAUAAUGAAUGAGCAAUUAUUUACUACUUCAUACGUAUCUAUAAUAAUAGAACCAACACUAAACGCAUUUAGACGAGGUUUAGAAGCCGAUAGAUAUACACACAAUAAAAUAGAUUUAUUCAGCAUGGGAGAGGAUGGAAUAUAUCACAUAGACAAAGCAAUAGAUCUAUUUAUUGAUAAUAGAUGGUUGUUGCAUGUUUAUUAUAAGACUCCUGAGAUACAGGAAACUUUUAAGCUUUCAGAAUAUGAGAAGCAAAUACUUUUACAGCUUUAUAUGGAUUUAUCUCUUGUAUCAGAUGUUAUAUCAGAGGUACAUAACUUACUUGAAGAUGACCAGGAAUAUACUGAUUUAUUAUGCAAUACAACUGUUUCAAAUAAACUCAGUAGAAAAACUAGUUUUAAGCAAAAAAAGAAACUUAUUGAUUCUUCCCUUAAGAAAUUCAUAGAUAGUUCAGAUAAAUCAGAUUCUAUUAAAAAUUAUGUCAUAGGCCGAGUUGGGCAGUAUAAAUCUCUUAUAGAAGAAAAAGACAAACUUACAGCAAAAAAACAAAAGAGAAACAAAUUUAAUAAAAAUAAUAUUUUAGCUGCAUUAAGUACAGCAAUGGGAGUCUUUGCUUUUUUGUAUAAAGUAAAAACUAGAAAUUAA